GCUGGUGGGGAGGUUGUGUGUAAGGCAUUCUCCUGCAGCACUGGUGAGCAAUGCAGGGUGGUGGACGGUGUCCAGAAAUGUCACCCAUUUGGAUCUGCGACCUGUUCUGCCUCUGGCCAUCCCCACUACCUCUCUUUCGACGGGGUCCCCUUUGACUUCCAAGGCACCUGCACCUACAUCCUGGCCAAGACCUGCACCGAUGCCAAUCACCUUACACCAUUCACUAUCAGCGUAGAGAAAGAAUCCUGGGGCAGCAGGAAUGUCUCCAUGGCCAAGCUGGUGUCCAUUCAGGUGUAUGGGAUCACAUUCACCCUGCUGCAGAACAUACAGGGGCUCAUCAUGGUGGAUGGGGUAUUCCACAACCUCCCGGUGAUCACGGCCAACAGGCGGCUCCAAGCAUAUCAGCAUGGUACUAACAUCCUGGUGCAAACUGACUUUGGCCUCAUUGUGAGUUACGACCUGGUUUACCAGGCCAGAGUCACCAUUCCACAGCGAUACCAGGGCCACACAUGUGGCCUGUGCGGGAACUACAGUGGACGGCAGGACAGCAAGUUCCUGCUCCCCAGUGGCAGGACAUCCUCUGAUGUGGCAGCAUUUGGCUCUGCUUGGGAAGUCCAGGUCCCAGGAGCAUCAUGUGUAGACAGAUGUGCUGGGAACAGCUGUCCAGUUUGUGAGGAGAGGAAGAAGGACGUCUUCAAACAGCGCCACUACUGCGGGUUGCUCACAGCCCUGACAGCC